AACAAAAAAAAAGAAAAGAAGCGAAGUGGUCCGUUUUCAAAUCCCCGCGUGCCCAUUGGUUGAAACUCUAGGUGUGUGAGGGGGUGUGCGCGCCGUGUCGCCCUCCGUCGCUACGUUAUUUCCUGCAGAGGCUGAGCGGAGGUUUGACAGCAGCACGCAGCGACGCGACGUAUCAAGUUCUUCAGCUGAGCCGAUCGUGAUCUGACCAUCGCAGCGUCCCGGGACCGAGGCGUCCAUCCCGGCAGCAGCACUUGGAAAUGCUUCGGAUAGUAGCCUCUGAGGCUGGUGAGUGAGGGGUUGUGCCUCCUGGGUUCGGCUUGAUCGCCACCAUGGCAGGGGAUCUCUUUUGCCCCCCAUCCCCACUGGGGGAUUCCCUGCUGGAAAGUCCUCUGUGUGGAGACCUGAUGGAUGAUCUUCAUGACAUCUCCCAGUCUAUCGGAGACGACACGCUGGGAUUUGAUUUCCCGGUGUACCAGAGCACUGGCUCGGGGUCUGAGAGCUCCAUCGCACCGGACACUUUGACCCCGGCUUCCAGUCCGUCGUCGGGGGUGUGUGGAGCAGCGGCAGGCCCAGAGGAGAACUUCAGCACCCUCAACCUGGAGUGCCGGGUGUGCUCAGACAAGGCCUCAGGCUUCCACUACGGGGUGCAUGCCUGUGAGGGCUGCAAGGGUUUCUUCAGGAGGACCAUCAGACUGAAGCUGGAGUAUGAUAAGUGUGAACGCAACUGUAAAAUCCAAAAGAAGAACCGCAACAAGUGCCAGUACUGCCGAUUCCACAAGUGCCUCUCUGUGGGCAUGUCCCACAAUGCCAUUAGGUUUGGUCGGAUGCCUCAGGCGGAGAAGCUAAAGCUAAAGGCAGAAAGCAAGAUGGUGGAUAAAGGGGUGGCAAGCCCCAUGCUGGUCGACCACAAGCUUCUGGUGGGGCAGAUCCACGAAGCUUACCUGAAGAACUUCAACAUGAACAAGUCGAAAGCUCGACUCAUACUCACCGGAAAGACCAGCAAGCCGCCUUUCAUCAUUCACGACAUGGAGACCUUCCAGCUGGCAGAAAAGACGUUUGCGGCCCAUAUGGUUGAAGGUGACAGUCCGGAGCCAGAGAGAGGCCUUCAAGUAGGGCAGGUGGUUCUGGCUGCGGGUUGUGGGGAGCUCCAGCAAAGGGAGGCUGAAGCCAGGCUCUUCCACUGCUGCCAGAGCGCCUCGGUGGAGACAGUCACAGAGCUGACGGAGUUCGCCAAGGCGGUGCCGGGUUUCCAGAGCCUGGAUCUGAACGAUCAGGUGACACUUUUGAAGUACGGCGUUUACGAAGCCCUCUUCACCCUUCUGGCAUCCUGUAUGAACAAAGAUGGCCUCCUGGUGGCCCGCGGUGGAGGCUUCAUUACCCGAGAGUUCCUCAAGAGCCUCCGGCGACCAUUUAGCGACAUGAUGGAGCCCAAAUUCCAUUUUGCCACACGCUUCAACUCCCUGGAGCUGGACGACAGUGACCUGGCCCUUUUUGUGGCUGCCAUUAUCUGCUGCGGAGACCGCCCAGGCCUGGUGGAUGUGUCUCCAGUGGAGCGUCUGCAGGAAAGCAUCGUUCAGGCACUACGGCUCCACCUGCUGGCCAACCACCCGGACAACAACUUCCUCUUCCCAAGACUGCUGCAGAAACUGGCCGACCUCAGAGAGCUGGUCACUGAGCAUGCUCAGUUGGUGCAGGAAAUCAAGACGACGGAGGACACAUCUCUGCACCCUCUCCUGCAAGAGAUAUACAGGGACAUGUACUGAGAAGAGAGCACACGGUUAUGAACAGGGACAUGUAUUAGAAUAUUUACUGUAUGUUUACCACUCAAAAGUGGGUGUACGUGAAUAUUUACUGAUACUAUAAAGCAUAUCAAUGUACUGUAAGGAGCUUAUUGUGCAGCUUAUAUGGGUGCACACUGCUGUGGUUGUAUUUCACCCUGUGACUUUCUACUGGAACAAAAUGGAAAUUAAAUUCUUUUUGAGGGGAAAGGCAUUUCUUGUAGGUGGCGUGGCUGCUUCAAUGAAAGGAGACACAGUGGGGAACAAACGUUUUGAUCUUACACAAUAGAGGUGGCAGAUAUGUUUGAUUUGAGAGCACUCAAUUGCUAUGGAUUUGGUUCUGGAUGUCAGCUUUUACUCUAUAGACUGAACAAAAGCUAAAUAGGGAGGAAAGUAUGCACAUUUGCAUAGCAUUUAAAGUGGGUGUACACAUAUUAAAGACACCCAGACAUGACUGCUACAGUCAUGCAUGCACUGAUGGUAAAUAUACAUUUUGCCGGUGAACAAUAAGAUGAAUUUUGGCAAAAGUAGCAGACAAGUUAGAAGAGAUAUAGUCAAAUGUUAUGUGCAAUAGGCACUCCAACUCAAUACCAGACAUAUUCCUAAUACUUUAUAUAUUUAGUGCAUAUGAUGUGUUAAUUUAAAUCAUUUGGAUUAAGU